CGGGAUCUCAACUCAAUUGCUCCAUAUUAUUAUAAUUCUCAUUGUAUUAUACGCCGAUUCCAUCUCGUUCAAAUUCUAGCAGCUUCUCGCCAAGAUGAAGUACAAAUCGCCCCAGGUAGAAAGCGAAACCGACGCAGCUGAUGCCCCCAAGCGCAAGCUUGAUCAGCGAGACCCUGGUGUCGACACCGGUGAAGGAAGUCUCGAGGCAGAGAAAGAGCAGCCGCCUACCAAAGCGUCCAAGUCAGCUGCAAGCACUGCCGAAGAAGAUGACUUGAUCCAGGAGGACUCAGGGUAUAAGGACGAAGACUUCGAGGAAGAGGACGAGGAAGACAAUGAAGAACUCGAUGAAGAGGAAGAUUACAAUGAGGCAGAUGACGAGAACGUCGACCUUGUGAAAGAACAAGGUGAUGAAGAGGAAGAAGAUGAGGACGCAGAAGGCGAGGAAGACAACGAAGAAGCAGCAGAAAGUGCAUCAAACAAGCCCAAACUGCAAAAGGUUGUCAAGGAAUUUGGUCGCCCGCCCUUGUAUGGCACCGAAAUCGCAGAGAAAGGUCUGGAGAGCUCUCCGGACACUCUACUUGCUAUGGUUAUGGACGCGAUGCUGAAGUCGCGCCCCAUCUCGCACGACCUGACGCAGCGUGCAGUUAAUAAGCUUAUCGAGGUCGGGUAUCAUGAUAUACGGAAACUAGGGGAGAGCAGCUGGGAGGAGAGAACGAUGGUUCUCAAGGAUGGGGGAUAUAAUCGCUAUCGGGAGCAAGGUGCAACGAAUCUAGGCGAUUUGGCAGAGUUCGUCAAUGAGAAGUACGAUGGUGAUCUUAACAAUCUCCUGAAGAAAGCCCAUAACGACCGAGACGAAACGAGAAAGUUAAUCAAGGAGAUCAAAGGACUAGGCGACCUGGGCGUAGAUCUCUUUUUCAACAAUGCCCAGGCUGUGUGGCCUUCCCUUGCACCUUUCAUUGAUGGGCGCAGUUUGGAAACUGCUGAUACUGUCGGUCUUGGUACGGAUCUGGACGCUAUCUACGCCGAUUUAGGACGCGACUCCAUGAAUAUGAGUCGACUAGCCAAUGGAUUGUCGGCUGUGAGACUGGAGAAGAGGCAAGGUGAUCUCAUGGCGAUCUAA